CCAGCUGACAGAGCAGCCUGCCGAACACAAGGCCCAGUGGCAAGCAGCAAGCAGAGUGUCAGACCCGAGCAGGAACUCUGAGAGCAGGCUCCCCCCUGAGGCCCCGUCUAAUGCCAGGCCUGGCGGUAGGCAGCCGGGUGCCCCCCCGGCGCAGGCGACAGGCUCCAUCGGCAGCAACAAUCCCACGGCCCACAUCCCCUCGCUGCUGUCGAUGCAGACCCGCAACCACAUGGACAUUACCACCCCACCGCUGCCGGCUGUCGCGCCCGAGGUACUGCGCGUGGCCGACCACAGGCACAGGAAGGGGCUCAUGUACCCCUACAUCUACCAGGUCCUCACCAUGUAUAUCGUCCUCUCUCUUCCCCCACCCACCCCCAAUCUGCCAGGGGGAGUUGAAGCUGCCGGUGUGUAUUGAGGAUGAGACCAACACUGAGCUGCCUCCUGCUACCUUACUGUACCGCCUGGCCCGUCAGUACAUCUAUGGCGUCCUGUUCAGCCUCUCGGAGACCCAACGCAGAGCUGAGCGCCUGGCCAUGAGAAGGCGGAUUCCCGUCCAAGUGCCCCUGGUCAUCAUUAAGGAGUGGUCAGCUUACAAAGGCAAGUCUCCGCAGACCCCCGAGCUGGUGACCGGUCUCACCUUCAGGGAGUGGACUUGCCCCAACAUCAAGAAGCUGUGGCUGGGGAAAGCGGUGGAGGACAAGAACCGCCGCAUGAGAGCGUUCCUGGCCUGCAUGAAGUCAGACACACCGGGAAUGCUUAACCCUGCCAACGUGCCCACCCACCUGCUGCUGCUGUGCUGUGUCCUCCGGUACAUGGUGCAGUGGCCGGGCAGCAGAAUCCUGCACAAACACGAACUCGACGCCUUCCUUGCUCAGGCAGUCUCCUCCAAACUGUACCAACCCGAUCAGCUGCAGGAGCUGAAGAUUGAGAAACUGGAUGCCCGGGGGAUACAGCUGGCAGCCCUGUUUAUGAGCGGUGUAGACACGGCCCUGUUUGCCAAUGAUACCUGUGGCCAGCCCAUUCCCUGGGAGCACUGCUGCCCCUGGAUAUACUUUGACGGCAAACUCCUCCACAGCAAGUUUGUCCAAGCCACCAGAGAGAAAGCAGCCCUCAUCGACCUCUGUGACGGUCAGGUAGGUGCUGGUCUGUCUGCGAAACAAACAUGGCCGCCCACGCUCCCUGUCCCCAUCUCACUCCAACCCUCUCCCCGACUGGGGCCCGUUUGUGUGUAAACACGUCACGGUGCAGU